GAAUAAGACCAAAUCCACCCAAGCCAUAACCCCUUACUCCUGCCCAGUAUAGUACAACGUGUUUCCCACAAUGAUGAGUCUGCUCUGAAAAAGCUGUUCCACUCGUUGACCAAAGAUUGUAAUCCUUCUGUGCCGCACCUGAAAUACAAAGGACAUGCUAAAAAGAGUCACGAUGUCUGUGGUCAAACUGCUGUGCUGUUUGCUGUUGACUUAUUCCAUCAGUGAGGGCAAGAAAAUCAAAGGAAGCAGAUCAGUUGACACAGAGCUGAGACGAGUCCUAAAGCCCACAGAGCCUUAUGUCAGCAGUUCCAUCUUCAGGAUGUUUUUAAAAGGUGAAGACACCUGCACCCUGGACACUCUGCAGCUGCACACAUUCACCUCCUGUGGCUUCAACAGCAGUAAUCCCCUCAUCAUCAUCACUCACGGGUGGUCGGUGGAUGGUUUGAUGGAGAGCUGGGUGGUCAGACUGGCCACAGCCAUUAAAGCUAAUCUGAUAGAUAUAAAUGUGGUGAUCACUGAUUGGCUGGCCCUGGCUCAUCAACACUACCCUACAGCAGCACAGAGCACGCGCACCGUUGGAAAAGACAUUGCACACCUGCUGCACUCAUUGCAGGAACGGUACCAAUUCCCAGCAUCCAAAGUCCAUUUGAUUGGCUACAGUCUGGGUGCUCACAUCUCUGGAUUUGCAGGGAGCUACCUGGAAGGUCCGGUGAAAAUAGGAAGAAUCACAGGUCUGGAUCCUGCAGGACCACUGUUUGAAGGCAUGUCUCCCACAGACAGACUGUCUCCAGAUGAUGCCCAGUUUGUGGAUGCUAUCCACACGUUUACUCACGAACGAAUGGGCUUGAGUGUGGGCAUCAAACAGGAAGUCGCACACUAUGACUUCUAUCCCAAUGGAGGAGACUUCCAACCAGGAUGCAACCUGAAGAACAUUUACGAACACAUAACGCAGUAUGGGCUGCUUGCCUUAGAGCAAACAGUAAAGUGUGCCCACGAACGAUCUGUGCAUCUGUUCAUCGACUCUCUUCUGAAUAAAGACAUGCAGAGCAUGGCCUACAGCUGCAGUGACAACAGUGCCUUUGACAAAGGAGUGUGUCUCCACUGUCGGAAGAAUCGCUGUAACACACUGGGCUACGACAUCAAAAGAGUCCCCAGUGGAAGAAGCAAGAGGCUCUACCUGAAAACAAGAUCUCAGAUGCCUUACAAACUGUAUCAUUACCAGUUCAGGAUCCAGUUUGUAAAUACGAUGGAGAAUAUGGAACCGUCUCUCACCACCUCCCUCAUAGGAACAAAGGAGGACAGUGGAACCCUGGACAUCCCCUUCAAUGAGAAGAUAUUACCAAAUAAGACCUAUACCUUCCUCAUCACCCUGGACAGAGAUCUAGGAGAUCUGAUGAUGCUGAGAUUGCUCUGGGAGCCACCAACCCUGUGGAAGAACAUGUGGAGCCGGGUUCAGACCCUGAUACCCUGGGUGGACAGGGAGAAAAAACCAUUGCUGACAGUGGGAAGGAUAAGCAUCAAAGCUGGCGAGACACAGGAGAGGACAUCUUUCUGCCCUAUGACAGAUGACGGACAACACGUUCACAUGUCACAGAAUGUCGUGUAUGUUCGCUGUAAAGAUGACAGACCGAAGCAGCGCAGGAGAAAGUACCAACAUUAGAGCUGAGCAGAUGAAUUCCCUCUUGAAUGGAGGAUGAAGUGGUGACAGCUGGUGAAGUUCUGCUGUGCAGAUUUAGAAAUCAGUAAUUUCUGAAAAAAUGUGACUAAAGCAAUGUUCAUAUGUGAAUAAGGCAAUUGAAUUGUGGUGACUGGAGGCUAGGUAACAACUAGCAUCUUGUGUAAACUGUGUUUUGAAUGUACAGAAAGUUUUAUUAAAAUACAGUUAAUAAGGAA